CAGAUGUUCGCUAUUCUUCGUCAAUACGUUGAAGUUCGCCAGAACUUCACCAUGCUCACUCUCGAUGCCAACGGCAACGACGUCGAUGCCCUCCUCAAGGAUGUCAACACCAUCAACACCUGGGCGGAGCCGCACAACGCAAACGGCAUCACCCCCAACACCGUCAUCGACUCCAACGAUGAGCCUCCCGGCAACAACCAGCAGCGCAUGGCAGUGCGCGGAUACUAGAGCUGGUGGAGCAUGCCAGACCGACAGUGUUUGUCAUUGAAUGAAUGAUGAUAGUGUCGGCCACUCUACUGACUUGUGAUACAUCAUACAUAGUGAUGGGGAUGUGACGACACGUGCAAUGCUAUAGCAAUGGCACCUUUAUGACGAGCAAGUGACACUGCAAGUGACAAAGGAAAUUAAAUCGAAGAUACGCAACA